UGCGCGGAGCUGCAGCGAAUAUGGCGGCUUGCAUCUGAUAGAAAGUGAGGAUUCUCCCAUCAAAAUACAAAAAGCCAGCAACCUGUCUGACUCCAGCUCCUCUGCAGCCGCACGUUUAACUUCGGUCAUCAUGGGCCGAACACCACACAGAGAUCAAAAAGAGGAGAAAGAGAGACAAAGCAGCAUCACAGCAGGAUCCCCCCUCGACAAAUCUAAUGAACCGUUCAGUUGGGAAGACUAUCUGAGAGAAACGUCCUCCACUGCAGCGUCGCCUACGUGCUUCAAACAGUCCAGAAUCCCCCCCUCCAAUGACUUUAAAGCAGGGAUGAAACUUGAGGCACGGGACCCUCGAAACUCUAACUCUGUGUGCAUCGCAACGGUGAUGGGCAUGAUGGGUACUCGUCUACGCUUGCGUCUAGAUGGAAGUGACAACACCAACGACUUCUGGAGACUGGUCGACUCGUUAGACAUCCAACCAAUAGGAACCUGCGAGAGGAACGGAGACAUGCUGCAGCCACCGCUGGGUUUCAGGAUGAAUGCCUCCUCGUGGCCUAUGUUCCUCCUGCGGACGCUGAGUGGGGCAGAGAUGGCUCCUGCCUCUGCUUUUAAAAAGGAACCAGCCAACCCGGUUAAAAACUACUUCCAGCCUGGUAUGAAGCUGGAGGCGGUGGACAGGAAGAACCCCUACCUGAUUUGUCCCGCCACAGUGGGAGAGGUCAGAGGUCAGGAGAUUUUCGUCAUGUUUGAUGGCUGGCGAGGGGCCUUUGACUAUUGGUGCCCUUUCAACUCCAGAGACAUCUUCCCCGUGGGCUGGUGUGCCCUGACAAAACACAGUUUACAGCCUCCUGGAAAUUUCUUUACCCUCCCUGGUGCAUUCCUUGCUCCCGGUUCUUCAACCUCAGCCUCCCUGACGACACGUCGCUCCUCUUCAAACUCCUCCUGCUCCUCCAUGCAGACCUCAUACCGACUGCCCAACCCCUUGCCACCCCUCCCUGUGCGCAAGGGUGUCCGAGGUCGCCGUCCCAAAUCCCAGACUAUUGCUUUGUUGAAGGCAGCGGCCGAGGCUGCGGCGGCAGCAGCAGUAAAUGGAGCAUCACAGAGCCCUGCCAGAACGAGCUCUGAGGCCCCCAGACCACACAAGAAGAGAGGGCCCAAGCCGUGGAACAAGAGGAAGCCGGGGGUGGUGAAAUCCUUGGGGGCACCAGCAGUUACAGUUCCACCUCCAGAGACCAGGCUGAUCCCCGGACACGUCUCAGUAGACAACAACCAUAGCAACAGCUCAAAUGUAGUUUGCACAGUGUGUGUCUAUGUGAACAAGCACGGAGACAAUGGCCCGCAUCUUGACAGAAAACUAGUGCAGCAGCUCCCGGACCACUUCGGCCCGGCUCCAGUCAACGCAGUGCUUCAGCAGGCUGUUCAGGCCUGCGUGGACUGUACGUACCAGCCCUCUGUGAUGCUGUCGUUCCUACAGAGUCAGUCCCACACAGGAGGAGAGGUCAUCAGAGUGCGGUCUGAGCAUGGUAUCCGCUACGUGAAGCUGCCCUCUGCCUCCAGUACGUCGUCUGUGCUGCGGUUCCUGGAGAACAUGUGCCAACAUCUGGAGAGUGACAGUUUGUUCAGCUCGCAGCCGUUCAGCCCCUUCAACAACAACACACGCUUCUACAACAGGACCAAGUCAGAACCACUGUCCCACCCUGAGAACGGCCUGUCCAAAGAAGACUCCACAAAAGAUCUCGCUCCCGGCACCCGCCCCCUUCACACCGCAUCGGACUACAGAGUAACAAAGAAGGAGCGGCCAUAUUACCCUGGACACACGCACACGCCGCCACCCCUACGACGCGUUAACUCCAACCCGACUGAACUUGGCCAGAUGUGUCCACCCAGACGAGUUGAGGCGGCCAGCUCAACAACAGACCCAGACCACUUGAAACAGGACAAGGAUGUUUCAGGCAUCGACGCCUCUUCCUGGUCUGUUGAUGAUGUCAUGCAGUUUGUCCAAGAGGCUGACCCCCAAACUCUCGGUCCGCACGUCGAACUGUUCAGGAAACAUGAGAUUGACGGCAAAGCUCUGAUGCUGCUGCGCAGUGAUGUCAUUAUGAAGUACAUGGGACUGAAGCUGGGCCCGGCGCUUAAACUCUGUCAUCACAUCGAGAAGCUGAAACAGACCAAACAAUAGAGGAUGAAGGCGCUCUCCUUUUUCUACAGGGAUGAAGUGUAUACCCACCUGACCUAGGGUCGUAGCUACCAAUGAGGACACUGAGGUCAAGUCCUCGUAUUUUUGUUUUGUGUAUUUGGAGGCUGCAGGGAGUUUACAAGUACAAACCUACACAUGAUGGUCAUUCCCAGAUUUAAAAGAUUCCUGUCCUUUUUUUUUUUGGACAAAGACCAUAAAUCAACUUAACAGAGUGGGCACAACUGAAAUUAUUUCUCAUUUUGGAAGAAAACCUUGAAAAUCCAUUCCUGAAGAGUUAGUUCUCUUUUAUUUGUGUCUGGAAGACUUUCAAGCCGAACAGUUACAACUUGAGCUGAUGUGGCUUCAUGAUUGUAUUAUGAUUGGACAGUCAUGCUAUCAAACAUGCACAGGAGAUAUAGGCCUACAAUGACUGGAGUACUGAACGUGUUGACAUAAAUAAAGAGAAGGCCAUGAACUGUUUAGUUUGAGUGUUGUAAAGAACAAUAGUGUUCUUGAGAGGCACAUGGUGGGGAAACUGUUUUGUAUAAAGUCAUGCGAAAAGUUUUUUUGAUAUUAUUUUGUACUGUAACAAAGCGUAAGUGUAAUCAAAUGUUUUCCUUGCCUGAAAUAGUUUUUGCGUGCCCCAUCAGAUAACUACCUAUAUGACGAUGCUGUGUCUGAAUAAUUAUUUACGUCUCAACGUAUUUAUCUGUUUUCCAAUGGCAGAGAUACUCAUUUUCUGAACAUUUCAGAACCAUUUUCGAACCAAAUCAUGUGUGUUGUAUUUCACACUGUUGCUCUCCUUUAGUGGUCAUGAGUUGAUACUUUACUUGAAACCGUCUUGCUUUAAUGUGAAACUCAGGUUUAGUAGGAGUUGUUUCUUAAAAGAUGUUUUACAUAAUUAGCAUUUUGCGUUCAUUACUACGACAUAGAGGAACUGCACAAUAACCAAGUAUGUACAUUUUCUAUGCCAUCUGUCACUCCGCAGCCUUUCAUGUGUGUAUAUACGACUUUUUACUGUAAUUUGGACAAAAAAAUGUUUGAUGAAUAUGUUUGAUAUGCAUUCACACAAUUAAACAUUUGUUUACAUCA